AAAGGGAGAAGCAUGGAAAGCAAGGAGCAGCAGCACUGGGAGUCUUUCCCAAGUUAAUCACACAAAGCCAGACACCAGGCUCCUGUUUUAGAAACCCUGAAGUGGGAAUUGUCACUAAGGAGCCCAGGAGCCAUGGUCAAUCAAUGUAACGAGGAGAAAGGGCUAACGAGCACAGCUGUGCACCUCUGCUACCCCAGCCUAAGCAGGUGAGCUGCGUUAAGUGGUGCUAAUGUAGCCAUUAAACAGCGUUAAUGGAGCUACUGGCUCCUGGUGAGGUCCAUUUUCUUCUGUCAGGAGGGAAGGAGGGAAGUGGUAGAGGGAUACUUUGAAUGUUGCAGUGUUGCCUUUUCUUUGUUUUUGCUAUGUUUUCCGGUUAGAAGAUGGUCUUUUUUAUUACAUAUAGAUCCCUAAUCAACAACAGAGAUCCAUUAUUAUUCCUCCCAUCUGUAUCUGCAAAUGCAUGCAACAGUUCUGAGAACGAGCUCUUGCCUUUGAUGAGAGACUGCUGGGGCGAGGAUGAGGACCCAGCUCACCCCCAACACCCGGAUUGAUGCGUGGCCUCGUUGAGCUCAGCUGCUCCUAGCUCAGCAAGAAGGCCUAGAAAGCACUGAGGGCCCUGCUGGGCUCAUCAGCACUCUGCUCAUCCUUCUUCUCCCUGCUCCCGCUUUCACGGAUGGUACCACCGGGAGCCGGAGCACGGCGGGGAUAACCCCGUCCCGCUGCGAAGGGAUGCUGCGGCUCUCCCCUCGGUGCUAGGUCUGCUCCGGGCGCCUUCCCCCGCUGCAAAUCGGCCCGGGGGCGGUGGGGCCAGGCCAGGAAAGCGUUAACCUUCCCUGCAAUGCUGCAUCCCAGCUCACGGUGGAGCUGCCUUCCUCUCUUCCACCCCCAACUUCCAAUUCACUCCAAACAACUACGGGACAGAAUUGCAGGGAAAAGCCGGAGGUUCAGCCUCGACUUGUUGAUCUCCGUUUACGAGGCAGCAGAAGGAAGCACCGGAGCUUUCCUUUGUGUCCUCGACGGGAGAGGGGCGGGGGAAGGGGGGCAGAUGCGGCUUCGGCGUUGACGGCGGGCGGGAGCGAGGAGCCGCAGCCGAGGGAAGGCCUCGGAAAAGCUUCCUGCCGAGGGAUCCGAUUUACCUCCUUUCGCUUCCCCUCCCCCUGGGCUCCGCGGACAGACGGGAGCGCGGCCGCCAUCCCUGCGCCUCGAGGCUGCCCGCGGGGGGAUGCGAGCGGGGCCGCCCCGGCUGCCCGCCCCGCCGCACCAUGUAGCCGCCCUCGGCCCCGCACAGCCCCGCACCGCCUCGCUGGGAGCCCGCAGGAGGAGCUCCGGGGCAUGGAGGGGAAGGAGAGGUGAGGAGAAGCCGGCCCCCCCCUCCCCUUCCCUCCCCCGCCAGCCCUCGCCCCGCGCCGCGCCUUGGAGCAGCCAGCCUGAGGGGGACCAGAGAUGCCUCUGGGGAUGAAUAAGCAUGGAUCUCGCUCUACUACCUCUUUGCCUCCGGACCCCACGGAGAUCGUCAGGAGCAAGGCCUGCUCCCGCAGGGUCAAGCUCAACGUGGGGGGGUUGGCCCACGAGGUUCUCUGGCGGACCUUGGACAGGUUGCCGCGGACCAGGCUGGGUAAGCUCAGAGACUGCAACACGCACGACUCCCUCAUGGAGAUCUGCGAUGACUACAACCUGGAGGAGAACGAGUACUUCUUCGACAGGCAUCCCGGGGCAUUCACCUCAAUCUUGAACUUCUACCGUACUGGCAAGCUGCACAUGAUGGAGGAGAUGUGCGCCUUGUCCUUCAGCCAGGAGCUGGACUACUGGGGGGUGGACGAGAUCUACCUGGAGUCCUGCUGCCAGGCCCGCUACCACCAGAAGAAGGAACAGAUGAAUGAGGAGCUGAAGAGAGAAGCUGAGACACUGAGGGAAAGGGAAGGGGAGGAAUUUGAUAACACUUGCUGCGCUGACAAAAGGAAAAAGCUCUGGGACCUCCUGGAGAAGCCCAACUCCUCCGUAGCGGCCAAGAUUUUGGCAAUCAUUUCCAUCAUGUUUAUUGUACUAUCUACAAUUGCCUUGUCCCUUAACACACUUCCUGAACUACAAGGCGUGGAUGAAUUUGGGCAGACAACAGAUAAUCCCCAACUUGCCCAUGUGGAAGCAGUGUGCAUUGCAUGGUUUACAAUGGAAUACCUCUUGCGGUUCCUAUCCUCGCCUAAGAAAUGGAAGUUUUUCAAAGGCCCACUGAAUGCUAUUGAUUUGCUAGCUAUUUUACCAUACUAUGUCACUAUCUUCCUCACAGAAUCCAAUAAAAGUGUACUUCAGUUCCAAAAUGUACGACGAGUGGUCCAAAUAUUUCGGAUUAUGAGGAUACUCCGGAUUCUAAAGCUUGCCCGGCACUCAACAGGUUUACAGUCCUUGGGGUUUACACUGAGGAGGAGUUACAAUGAGCUUGGCUUACUCAUCUUGUUUUUGGCCAUGGGCAUUAUGAUCUUUUCCAGUUUAGUAUUUUUUGCAGAAAAGGAUGAGGACGAUACGAAAUUCAAGAGCAUCCCAGCUUCUUUCUGGUGGGCAACAAUCACCAUGACAACAGUAGGCUAUGGAGACAUCUACCCCAAAACACUUUUAGGUAAAAUAGUAGGAGGACUGUGCUGCAUUGCUGGAGUGCUGGUGAUUGCUCUUCCUAUCCCAAUUAUUGUCAAUAACUUCUCUGAGUUCUACAAAGAGCAGAAGAGGCAGGAGAAAGCCAUUAAGCGCAGAGAAGCUCUUGAAAGAGCAAAAAGGAAUGGUAGUAUUGUCUCCAUGAACAUGAAGGAUGCAUUUGCCCGUAGUAUAGAACUCAUGGACAUUGUGGUUGAAAAGAAUGGAGAAAGCAUAGCCAAAAAGGAUAAAGUUCAGGACAAUCAUUUAUCUCCCAGCAAAUGGAAAUGGACCAAGAGAACACUCUCUGAAACUAGCUCUAGUAAAUCUUUCGAAACCAAGGAGCAAGGAUCUCCAGAAAAAGCCAGGUCGUCUUCAAGUCCCCAGCACCUGAAUGUCCAACAGCUAGAGGACAUGUAUAACAAAAUGGCAAAGACUCAGUCACAGCCAAACCUUAACACUAAAGAGUCGAGUCAGCCUGGAAAGCAAAAGGAAGAGCUAGAAAUGGAGACCCUUCCCGGCCCUAUGGUGCCCUUGCUGACAACUCGUGCCGAUGGGAUCAUUGACAUGAGGAGCAUGUCCAGCAUCGACAGCUUCAUAAGUUGUGCUGCCGAGUUCCCUGACUCUGGGAGAUUUUCCCACAGCCCACUCGCUACCCUUCCCUGCAAAGGUGGCAUUAAUGUGAUUCAGGAGCAGAGCAGAGGGGAGGGGAGUGGUGCCCGAUUUGUGGAAAUAAACCCAAGCUCUGAAGGCAGCCACCGUUCUGCUUUUUUCAUAGAAAGUCCCAAAAGCUCCAUAAAGGCCAGUAACCCUUUAAAACUAAGAUCUCUGAAAGUCAACUUCAUGGAAGAGGACACCAGCACAUUAGCACCAGCAUCAAAUGUCCUGAGAAUAUAUCCAGACCCUCUCAAGGGCAGGGGAGCUGCUGCUGCUGCCACAGACACUUCCUUACUCUCUGACAGAUCUCUCAUGAGCCCAGAAACCUCGAUCUACACAACUGCGAGUGCGAGAACACCCCCAAAGUCACCAGAGACACAGACAGCCAUAGCUUUCAACUUCCACGAUGCUGGUAUUCACAAAUACAUAGAUGCUGACACUGAUGAUGAAGGUCAGCUGCUUUACGAUUCGAGUCCUCCCGGAAAUGUGAGUCCUAAGUACAAUGUUACAAACAGUGGUUAUCUAAAGCAAAAGGACAAUGUUUAUAGAACAGAGAAGAACCAUUUAGAAGCUGCUGCUUUACCCACCUCCCCUAAGCUGAUAGGGCAAAACUGCAUUUACUCUAUGGAAGGUAUCACUGGAAGAACCCAGGGCCAUCAGGAGACUGUCAGACUAGAAAAUCACAUUUCUCCAGAAGUCCAUGUAUUACCAGGCAGUGGAGGACAUGCUAACACACAUGAUCAAAGCAUCUGAGACAGGCUCCAAAAGAACUUACUGAAAGUUUAAAGGAAUGUCUUUACAGUCAACACAAAAAAAGAGCUUCUGCAUGGCAUGAACUUGGCUGAAAUAAGCCACAUGUUUCUAAAAGUCUGAGGGGAGGUCCAGUGUGGGUUUGUGAAAAUGUCCUUCUCUGAAACAACUUUAAAGACAUUACCCACAUCAGUCAAAAAUAAGGAUUGCAAAUCAUGAUCACACAUUGAUCUCCUUUCAUGUUGUCCAGUGAAGCCAAUGUGACCAAAUAUCCAUCCAUUCCCCUUGAAUGCUAGAGCUCCUUUUGGAAAUACUAACACCUGAUUUGCAUUAGUUCCAUAAAGGAUGCCGAGGCAGCCAGAUUUGAACUCUGGAAUAAAUUGCUGGGGUUGGUAUAAAGCUAUCAAAAACACAAUGCUCUCUGCUUCAGGGCAGCUGUUCCCCAUCUACAGCUUUCUCUGAUGGAUAUUAUAUCUAAAGGUAACAGGGAACACUUGCAUUAUUGGAAAAUCCAAGUUAAAACCAUUUAAAACAAAUAGCGGUCUAGAGAAACCAAUUAUUAAAAUGCUCUGUGUGUGUUUAACAAUACAAUAUCCUGUAGGACCUGACAUUUUCUUUUGAAACAUCAGCAGGGUGAGUUGCACCACUUGUAUCUAAUUCCAAACACCCCCUAGGAUGUAGUGAAACUCGCACUUACCCUCUGCUAAAAUCGAAACCUGCCCCUGGGCCAGCGUGUGGCCCUCGGGGCACCCACAGCCCACGCUGGGAAGGUGUGAAGGAGCCAUGCAGAAGCAGGGAUCUCCGGCGGCAUUGCAGGCCCCUUCCCGCAGCCGGGGAGCGCGGGGCUGGAAGGGGAGCUCGGCUCCUCUCCGUGUCCCCGUCUGCGCCGUGGCAGCUCCCUGCCCCAUGGGGAUGGCCCAGCGCGGCGGCUGGCCCUGAGGCCUGCUCCUCGGGCCUCCCCUUCCCGCCCGCGCCCCGACUUCAGGCCUUGGCCGAAGUCUUGCCCUUGGCGUAGGAGAGGAACCAGUCGGUCUGAAGCUUUUCGCGCCCGCACGGUGCGGUGAAAGAUAUGCAAGCGUUACAUAAAUAUGCAAAAAGAGGGAUUCUUUAGCUACCCGCCCCGGGCCUGGUCGUGCUCUCUCUUGCGAGGAGGUCGGGCGGGAGCAGCUCCUGCCACGCUGGCGCGUCGUGGCAGCACAGGGCGGCUGCCAGAGACAGCAGGAUCAGGCCUGAUGUUUUAAUAGCAUCCACUCAUUUUUAAGCGAAACGAGAAAAAAAAAAAAAAAAAAAGAUUUGACCAUUUUAAAUGAACAGAACUAGCAGCCACCAGCCUAGGUUUUUAAAAUAUUAUUGUUUCAAUAAAGUUAUGUCAAAUUGUGUAGGAAAUAAUUUGUCUUUGGUUUUUAAUACCGGGGGGGAAAAGCACUUUACGUUGACUUUUUGUUGUUGUUGCGAUGCUGGAGUAGGAUAGCAGAGUGUAACAAUCAAGCACUUUAACAAAGCACUAUUUUAAUUUGUGCCUCCUGUCGUGACUGUGAUUUGUUACACGCCGGUAGCAAGUCACAACCUGUCCUGUGAUAACUGUGAUGGUAAUCUUUUAUGUUGUUAUCCGUUUCUACUGUAAAACUCAGUUGUAAAUAACUCUGUCAAUAAGCAUUUCCUGACCUAUUUCGGAGUACCUGCCGGGGCGUGUAGCUAUCUGCAUGCAA